UCCUAAGAAAGAGAAGGCAGCGGCAAUGAGUAAACUUCAGAGUGAUGUUCUGAGGGAGGCCAUUGGCCAGGUCAUGGGUGCUGCAAAGGAUAAGAACCGCAAAUUCACUGAGACAAUAGAGCUUCAAAUUGGGCUGAAGAACUAUGACCCACAAAAGGAUAAGCGUUUCAGUGGUGCUGUGAAAUUGCCUCAUAUCCCUCGCCCCAAAAUGAAGAUAUGCAUGCUUGGAGAUGCCCAGCAUGUCGAGGAGGCAGAGAGGAUGGGAUUGGAGUCCAUGGAUGUCGAGGCUUUGAAGAAGAUGAACAAGAAUAAGAAGCUGGUGAAGAAGCUAGCAAAGAAGUACCAUGCCUUUCUUGCUUCAGAGGCAAUUAUCAAGCAGAUCCCUAGGCUUCUUGGUCCAGGUCUGAACAAGGCUGGUAAGUUUCCUACACUGGUUUCCCACCAGGAGUCUCUGGAGUCAAAGGUGAAUGAGACCAUGGCCAUGGUUAAGUUCCAGCUUAAGAAAGUGCUCUGCAUGGGAGUUGCUGUGGGGAACUGUGGCAUGGAAGAGAAGCAAGUCUUCCAGAAUGUGCAGCUCAGUGUCAACUUCCUUGUCUCCCUGUUGAAAAAGAAUUGGCAAAAUGUACGGUGCUUAUAUCUAAAGAGUACAAUGGGAAAGACAAUCAGAAUUUUCUGAGUCUUCUACGACGGUUUUGUUUGGUGACUUCAAUCUGGGGGAGUUGUGGUAGCAAAUUUUUAUGGCGGUAGUUUCCCGGC